GUGGUGUACCCCUCUCCCCUCCCCCACUCCUCUGAGCCAGGAUGAGCACCGCCGCCAGCCCCGAGCCGCUGCCGUCGCCCCCCGCCCCCGGGCCGCGCUGCCUGGGGGGGCUGGGAGCCGCUGACCCUCAGUACCUGCGGGCGAGGAGCGUGGGGGCAGAGCUGCGGCAGGACUUCAACCUGAUGGAGCAGAAGAAGAGAGUCACCAUGAUCCUGCAGAGCCCGUCUUUCAGGGAGGAGCUGGAAAGCCUCAUCCAGGAGCAGAUGAAGAAGGGCAACAACUCCUCCCACAUCUGGGCCCUGCGGCAGAUCGCAGACUUCAUGGCCACCACCUCCCCUGCUGCCCUCCCCACCUCCCCCAUGGGGCUGGCCGCGGUCACCCCCAUCAACGACCUGCACGGGGCCGAGGCGCCGGCGCUGGCCAAGGGCGAGCGGCUGAUGCGGUGCAAGGUUGGCAGCAUCCAUCGGCUGCUGGACCUCUACGGCUGGGCGCAGCUGGGGCACGGCGCCGUCACCCUGAGGGUCAGCAAGGAGCAGGAGCACUUCCUGGUGGCCCCCCAGGGGCUGGCGUGCAGCGAGGUGACAGCUGCCAGCCUGAUCAAGGUGAACGUGCUGGGGGCCGUGGUGGAGCAGGGCAGCACCAACUUCGCGCCCGAUGCCCGCAGCUUCAGCCUGCACGCUGCCAUCUACGCUGCCCGCCCCGACGCCCGCUGCAUCAUCCGCCUGCACACGCCGGCCACGGCCGCUGUGUCGGCCAUGCGCUGCGGGGUGCUGCCCAUCUCCCGAGCCGCCCUGCUGCUGGGCGACGUCGCCUACUUCGAUUUCCGCGGAGAGGUGGAGGACGAAGCCGAUCGGGUGGAGCUCCAGAAGUGCCUCGGCCCCACCUGUAAGAUCCUGGUGCUGCGCAACCACGGGGUGCUGGCGCUGGGGGACACUGCCGAGGAGGCCUUCUACAGCAUCUUCCACCUGCAGGCGGCCUGCGAGAUCCAGGUGUCGGCGCUGGCAAGCGCGGGGGGCGCCGAGAACCUGAUCGUGCUGGAGCGCAGCAAGCAGCGCCCCCACGAGGUGGGCUCCGUGCGCUGGGCAGGAAGCACCUUCGGACCCAUGCAGAAGAGCCGCCUGGGCGAGCACGAGUUCGAGGCCCUGAUGAGGAUGUUGGACAACCUGGGUUACCGCACAGGCUACACCUACCGCUACCCCCUGGUGCAAGAGAGAAGCAAGCCCAAGAGCGACGUCCUGAUCCCUGCCACCGUCACUGCCUUCGUCUUCGAGGAGGAGGCUGCGCCGCUGCCUGCGCUCCGGCAGCACGCCCACAGGCAGCAGAAGGAGAAGACUCGCUGGCUCAACACCCCCAACACCUACCUGAGGGUCAGCGUGGCUGAGGAGCAGCAGGGCAGCGCCAGCAGCCAAAAGACAAAGACGACGUGGCUGAAAGCAGAUGAGGUGGAAAAAGGCAGCAGUGGGACCCCCAUCCGAAUCGAGAACCCAAAUCAGUUCGUGCCCCUCUACACGGACCCACAGGAGGUGCUGGAGAUGAGGAACAAGAUCCGGGAGCAGAACCGGCAGGAUGUGAAGUCGGCAGGGCCCCAGUCGCAGCUGCUGGCCAGCGUCAUCGCCGAGACCAGCCGCAGCCCUUCCACAGAGAGCCAUCUGGGGGAUGCAGAAGCCAAAGAGGCAUCCCGGGAGGAGGCACCUCCGGAGCCAGAGCCUCCCAACCCCUUCAGCCAGCUCACGGACCAGGAGCUGGAGGAGUACAAGCAGGAGGUGGAGAGGAAAAAGCUGGAGCUGCAGGGAGAGAAGGAGCUCACGGCAGAGGAGAGCCAGGCACCUCCUAGCAAAUCCCCCCCCACCUCCCCACAGAAGACCCCGGCCCCGACGCCCGGCAAGCCCUCGGAGGGUGACAAGAAGGUGGACGGCGGCCAAGUGCCAGCCGACUCUGCUGCCGAGAAGGAGCCACCAGCAGUGGUGAAUGGGAAGGACGAGGAGCAGAGCACCGAGGACAGCGUGAGCAAAGGGGGAGGCCGGACCACCUCCCCCCCUGAGCAGGAUGCCCCCAAGGAGAAGGAGACGGUGACCAGCAGCCCUGUCUCCCCCGAAGGGUCACCCUCUAAAUCACCCUCCAAGAAGAAGAAGAAAUUCCGGACCCCAUCCUUCCUGAAAAAAGGCAAAAAGAAGGAGAAGAUCGAAUCCUGAGCCUCCUCCAGAGCCUCUCCCGCCAGCGGCACCGGGACCCCCGCCCCGGGAGGCUGCGGGGCACCGGGGAUGGUCCCGCGCCGUGCGUCUGGCCGAGGCGCAGCCCCAGCCCCCGGGGGCCAGCUGCUUUCUGGGCACUCCUGACACCAGGCACCUCGUCCCCUGUCCCCUGCUUUGGGGAGGUGGUCACCCAGCUGACUCGAGAGGCUGUGGCCCCUGUUCGUCGCCGGGGAAGCAGCCGCUGCCAUCUCCCUCCUCCCACCGGCUCUCCCUCCUCCCUCCCGGGCACCGGCGCUGAGGGUUGUUUGGUUUCUCUUUGUUUUCCCUACCCACCACCUGCAGAGCCCCCAUGAAAUGCAAGGCCCAGCCUGGAUCUGCUUGGUUUGAGGAAGAAAAGGGUAGUUUUGGUGUUAUGUUGCUUUGCCACCUGCGGGAAUGGCUCUGGCUUCGCACAGCCCCUGGGGCAAAGCUGUUUGCAGCCUCCCCCCCGCCCCGGGUGGGGGCAA